AGGAGCGCUAAAGCCAAACAGGACUAUGGACUGCUGAUUUCCAAACCAACCAUGGGCCAAUCACAGCAAACAGAAAACACUGAGGAGAUUGAUAUCAAGGCACUGCAGGAUAUGUACAAGAAGUUUGUCAUGGAGUGCCCGAGUGGACUACUGUUCCUACAUGAGUUCAAGCGGUUUUUUGGUGUAGACCCAACGGGAGAGGCGUCUGAAUAUGCGGAGAACAUGUUUCGAGCAUUCGAUAAAAAUGGGGACAAUACUAUUGAUUUCUUGGAGUUUGUGGCUGCGCUGAAUCUAGUUUUUCGAGGAGAUCUGGAGCAUAAACUACGCUGGUCCUUCAAGGUGUACGACAAAGAUGGAAAUGGUUAUGUGGACAAAGACGAGCUCCGCUCCAUCAUUGAUAGCAUCUAUCGGGUGAAGAAAGGCCCGAAGACGGACAUAAAUGAAAUGCAGCUGACACUAGAUGAGGUGGUGGAUCGAAUAUUGGAGGCUGUGGAUGCAGAUGGAGACGGUCAGAUCACUGUGGAUGAGUUCAUUAAAGGGGCGCAGCAGGAGCCCUGGCUGUUAAACCUGCUGAAGCUGGACAUGAACCCGGCUACAUGGGUGAUGGAGCAGAGAAGAAAAAGUGCACACUUCUGAACAAAAGGCCUUUUCAUGUCAACGAGGGGAGAACGUUCACUUCUGCGCACACUUCUGACUUGUAGUCUGUAUUUACACACGUCACACCUGGAAGCAGAAUUCAUGUUGGAUCCAAAGUGUGUAAGUUUAGUCUCUAAACAUUAUCAUUAUGCAUCUAAGCAACAAUAGAAGUUAGUCACGUCUUUGAAAACAGUAUUACCACAUACUAAUGCACAAAAAACAUAACCAUUACUUGUUCUUCCCAUAUAUAUUAUUUGACUUUUAUAAAUGUAAACAUGUGUAUACACUGUUUAUCAAAGCCUUCUGAUUUAAAAGUGUCAACAUGUAAAUAAUAAACUACUGUGUCUGCUUUUUA